CAGGGAGCCGGGCAGCCGGCGGCGGGGGGCGGCCAGCGGGGCCGGGAGAGCUCGGAGCUGCCGCUGCCCGCGGGCUGGGAGGAGGCGAGAGACUUCGACGGGCGCGUCUUCUACAUCGACCACAACACCCGGCAGACCUCGUGGAUCGACCCCCGGGACAGGAUUACAAAGCCAUUAACAUUUGCUGACUGUGUUGGCGAUGAACUUCCUUUAGGCUGGGAAACUGUUUAUGAUCAACAGAUCGGAAUUUAUUACAUGGACCAUAUAAAUCAGCUCACACAAAUUGAGGACCCAAGAGAGCAGUGGCGAAGAGAGCAGGAACGCAUGCUAAAGGAAUAUUUAAUUGUUGCCCAGGAGGCACUUAAUGCCAAGAAAGAGAUUUACCAAAUUAAACAGCAGCGUUUUGAGCUAGCCCAAGAAGAAUACCAGCAGCUGCACAAACUGUGUGAGGAUGACAGCCGCUCCUAUGCUAGUGCAUUCUCUGGAUUUUCAACUAAUACCAAGUAUGACCCAUAUCAGAUUAAAGCAGAAAUAGCAAGCCGUCGUGACAGACUUUCUAGACUAAAACGAGAGUUGGCACAUAUGAAGGAAGAACUGCAGUAUAAAGAAAAAGGAGUGGAAACACUACAAGAGAUUGAUCGUAAGAUGUCAAGUGCUCAUACAAAUUAUAAACUGGAUGAAGCCCAGGCCAUAAUGAAUGAGCUCCGAACCAUAAAAAAAGCUAUUUGUAUGGGUGAGAAAGAAAGGCAGGACCUUAUGCAGAGCCUGGCGAAGCUAACGGAUGGAUUCAGGAAUAGCUGUUGUAUUACAGAUUCCCUGCAAGGUCUCCAGCACAAUUCUAGUUCACUCCGUGAUUCCUCUUUACCUCAACAACACUGUGAUGCUUGUUCUCAAACUGACAUCACUGGAGAGUUUUGCUUUGAUGAUAAAACGAGACUUGUGGACAAAGUAAGACUGAGCUGGCAAUAUGAAGAGGCCAAAAAGAGAGUUUCCAAUAUACAGCAGCAGCUGGCCUUGCUAGAUAAUGAAUCUUGGCCAGGAAUGGCUGAGGCGGACAGGGACCGUCUUCAGCUCAUCAAGGAGAAAGAGGCUCUCCUUCAGGAACUGCAGCUCAUCAGUCAGCAGAGACGAUCCCCAGAAUACAUUGCACGUUUGGAGGAAGAAAAAAGGCGCUUGGAGAAUGAAAUUCAGCAGGCUCGGGCCAGUUCUGCUCAGGGGGCCACUGAAAGGAUACUGUUACAGGAGAAGAGAAAUUGUUUGCUUUUGCAGCUGGAAGAAGCAACUCGUUUAGCCUCCUAUUUACACUCCCAGUUAAAAAGUUUAUCUGCUAGCACCCUCACAAUGUCUUCUGGCAGCAGUAGGGGAUCACUGGCAUCCAGCCGAGGAUCACUGGCGUCCAGCAGAGGGUCUCUAAGCUCUGUCAGCUUCACGGACAUCUAUGGCCUCCCACAGUAUGACAAAUCAGACAGUGUUACUGACUAUGCACAACAUCUGCGCUUUGACCUGAUUCCAUUUGAUUCUCUCAGUAAAGAUGUGCAGUACUCUGAUUCCACUGGACAUUGUAACUUCAAUAAACAAAGGAGGUCCUUGGAUACUCCUCAAUCCCUGGCAUCCCUGUCAUCACGGUCCUCCUUGUCAUCGUUGUCCCCUCCAAGUUCCCCUCUGGACACCCCCUUCCUUUCUGCUUCUCGGGAUUCUCCACUUGCCCAGAUGUCAGAAGGAUUUGAGGAGAUAGCGGGUGUAGGAGCCCUAGAAAUGCGCAGAGCUCGGGCCUCGGUUUUGGGUGACGAUGCCCAAGGAACAACUUCAUCACAGACGCCUGCCUACCCCGUGGAUGAUGGACUGCAAGAAAUGGGACCACACCUGGCAAACAUCCAAACUGGUGGAGCCGUAACUCUACGCGAAGACAGUGCAAGAAGGUCGGCGAGGCGAGCCAGGCGAGUCUCAGCAUGUCUAUCCGAUUAUUCACUGGCUAGUGACAGUGGCGUGUUUGAAGCUUUAAGCAAAAGGAAUGAGGAUGUUGAAGACCCUGUUUACAGUGAUGUUGUUGCUAGUAGUGAAGAACCACAGAUACAUGUUGGAUUCCUGCAUGAUGGUGGAAGUGAGUGUCUCCUGGUCCAUGUGUUAGAGUUGAAGAACUUUACUGGUCCUGUUGUGAAAGAAGGCUGCAAAAUACAUGUUCGAGUUUACUUACCUCCACUGGAGUCAGGCACACCAACCACUUACUGCUCUAGAGCUUUGGAAUUCCAAACUCCAUUAAUAUUUAAUGAAGUUUUCCGAAUCCCUGUGCAUUCAAGUGCAUUGAAAUUAAAAUCGCUGCAGCUGUAUAUUUGUUCAGUUGACCACCAGCAGCAAGAAGAACUUUUGGGCAUUGCUCAGAUUAGCCUGGCUGAUCAUGAGAGUUCCACUGAGAUGCAGCUUCACUGGUAUCCCGUCCAGAUAUUCACUGGUUCAGACCCACAAAGGGCGAAGGACAAAAAUCAGUGUGAAGAAAGCACUCCACAGAGUUCUGGAAAUACGACUACAGUGAAAUCGGAUGCAGUGACAGCCCUAUUAGCUAGGACCACAGCUCAGCUGGAAGCAGUGGAGAGAGAGCUGGCAGAAGAGAGAGUGAAAUUGGAGUACACAGAGGAAGAAAUCCUAGAGAUUGAAAGAAAGGAAGAUCAGGCAGAAGCUGUAUCAGAGAGGAGUUGGCAAGCAGAAUCUGUUGACAGUGGAUGUAGUAAUUGCACUCAGACCAGCCCACCUUAUCCAGAGACAUGUUGUGGCGAUUCAUUACGUGGACAUACGUUUGCAGUUCAGGCAGGUCAAUACAGUUCUGGGAAAGUGCAACCUCCGCCCCUAAAAGUGGAUAAAGAGACUAACACAGAAGAUCUCUUUCCAGAAGAAGUCGCUGUUCUUCCAAAAGAGAGAACCUGCCGCAGGCCCCGUGGUUCUGCUUUUGUUCGUAGUAGCACUAUUGUUCGAUCACAAACCUUCUCACCUGGAGCACGAAGUCAGUAUGUUUGCAGACUGUACCGUAGUGACAGUGAUAGUUCAACCCUGCCAAGGAAGUCACCCUUCAUCCGCAAUACAUUGGAAAGGCGUACUUUGCGCUAUAAGCAGCAGUCCUGUAGAUCUUCUUUGGCUGAGCUUAUGACAAGGACAUCCCUAGACCUGGAGCUGGAUCUCCAGGCAUCCAGAACUAGACAGAGACAACUGAAUGAGGAGAUAUGUGCUUUGAGAGAGUUGAAGCAACGUCUGGAAGAUGCCCAACUCAGAGGGCAAACUGAUCUUCCCCACUGGGUCCUUCGGGACGAACGAUUCCGAAAUUUGUUGAAGGAAGCAGAGAGACAGACAAGACAGACCAAAUUUGAUCAUCACCAAGAACAAGUAGCUGAAAAAAUGCUAAAGAAAGCAUCCAAAGAAGUAUACCAACUGCGUGGACAAAACCAGAAAGAACCUAUUCAGGUGCAGACGUUUCGAGAGAAGAUAGCAUUUUUUACAAGGCCAAGGAUUAACAUACCUCCUCUGCCAGCUGAUGACGUGUAACAUGUUGCAUUGUAAACAUGAAGUAUUUAUCUGUCUGUUUUAUUUUAAUGAAAUUAUUAGACUAGCUAAAUUUCUUUUUAAAAGUUUGUGCAAAAGCUAUUAAUAUACACCUUUUGUAAAAAAUAAAAACGUAAAAAAAGUAAAAGUAAAAAAAUAUAUAAAUAAAUAUAUAAAUAUAAAUAUAUAUAUAUAUAUAUAUAUAUACAUACACAUAUAUAUAUUUUAUAAUAGUGACUGCAACAAGGCUUGGUUUUUCCUUGUUGUGAAAUUGACAUCUCUGAAGACAACUUAUUUUAUAAAAGAUCAGCUAUCCUGUUAAGAGUGUGUACAGUUUUUAUGCUGUUUUAUUUGAUUUAAAGGCUGGAAGACAGAAACAAAGUGAGUUCAGGCAAAUUCACUGUAUUGUAAUUUAUUUAUAGCACAUUUUUCCUUGAAGGAAAAUACCUACUUUAAGAUGUAUUUUAAGACUGAAAUUUUGUUCUUCAGUAUUUGUCAUACAGUAGAAUGGAACCAUUGAGCUGGUUUUGUUUCUGAUACCUGAAAUGAAAAUACUAUGUUCUAAAUUUGUCACUUUUAUCAGUUUUACUAUCUGUAUCUUAUAAUGUAAAUUGUAUUCUUUAGCACUGUCUGUGUUAUAGCAAAAUAUUAUCACCUGCAAUGUUUUUAAUAUUGAUUAAAAAUGCCAUUCAAUGUUGCAGAACUCAUUUGCAUGUUCUUACUGUGCACUAAUAGACUGUUCUCAUUUCAGUUGUGUUUAAUGUAUCUUUAUAUUUUUAACUAGAUUCUCAAUUUAAACGGGGGGAAGGAAAGGGGUGGCAUGUCUUUGUUUUGCUAUGAUUUAAUAAAGAUGGAAGUGGGGCGGGGGCAAACUUGCCAUAUUAAUAAAACCAGUAAAAGAAUAUAGCAUCUGAGUAGUUUUAAAGAUUGUGGCCCCAUUCAGGAAAGUACUUAAGUCCUAGUUCCUGGAAAGCAUCCCUAUUCAGAAGGGAGGUUAAAUACAUGCAGAUCUUUUUAAGCAUGUGCUUUGAGUUAGGCACAUGUCUAAGUGCUUUCCUGAAUAGAGUUGCUUUUCAGAAACAGGACUUGUAUCUCUGGAAGAAAUAGCUCACUUGGUUGGCAGCUGGGCCAACUACAACUUGGCCAGGAGUGAUUUUAUUUGUUACCAUUUGCUUUAACAUAGGACUGUCACCCUAAAUUCCCGAUAAUGCCAGUUUUGUGUCCUUGCACCUUGCAAGUAUGUAAAAAUGCUUCUUACUAAGCUACUAUAGACAGUUGAUAAUAUUUUCGAAUGUGCAUUACCUAAAGAGAAGGGCACCCCACACAAGACUUAUUUAAUCUAAUUGUUGGAACAUCCAGUGUGAAAAUCAAGGUCCCUUUUGGUUAAAGGGACAUCGUCAGGACAGAUUUGGCCCCAAAUUUAGGUUUUGUAAAAAGCCAAUAAAAUUGCAAAAUCUCUGACAAGUAGAUUGUUUUCAUUUAUUUUUAUAAACAAGUAAACAUUCCCUGCAGUGUUAGGACUCAUAUACUGUAGCAUUAUGAAAGAGCAUGAGAACCUGAAAGUUAAACUGACUGGGUCUAUUUUCAUUGUCCAAGCUGUGGAAGAAAGUAAGCCGAAUAUAAAUAGCAAAAGUAUAUUAUAUUAAAAACCCGAACGUUAUUAGUAACAAAGACAUUUGUGUUUUUAAAUUAUAUUCCGUUUUACCUGACAUAGUGUUUGUAAGCUUUCUAUUCAUCCAAUCUGGCAUGAAAAAAGUAUAUUUGGCUUUAUCAUACUAACUGCCUUCAAGCCUCUUUUCUUGGCAGUGGUAUUGGUAGCUGUAGAUAAGGGCCUCAAGCCUGCAUAAGAAAGAUUCAAAAAAAUGAACAGAAUAUAAGCCAACAAAAAUAAAUACUUAUUUAAAAUAACUAAAAAUCAAUUGAAAGACUUGUCUGUGUUGGGAUGAAAGUCUGAGAACACCAACUCUUUCAGUGCUCAUUACCUGAAUGUCCCAGUGAGUGAGAGGGAAUAGAUCUGUCUCUUUGACAGUGAUUGCCAUUAAAAAGGCAGUAUUUACCAACAGGUACGCACUGUGAUAUCUGAGAUGUCACAGGUUGUCAAAUACCUAGACUAGGAAAUAACAGUGCAGUAUCUAAUGGCAAAUGUUCCUGUUUUUUUUUUUUUUUUUUAAAUGGUGCCUAUUGUACAGUAUCACCAGAAUGUUUUGUGAGUCCAAGAUUGACUGCUGUAAUGAGUACUCUUUUGAUGUGGUAAUGAGUUAUAAUAUUCAGUAUUCAUCUCUCUUGUUUUUGUCACAGUUUCGUACGAUUGUGUCAUUUGUAUUAUUUGGAAAGUAUUUCUUCUACAGAAUAAAAUAAUUUACUAUAAA